AUGGGAAUCCAACUAACCUCGUCACCCGAAGGCAGCCGUCCUGCAUCACCCGUCCUCGAAUGUACACUCACUGCAAAGGCAGAAGCGAGCCUCGCCGAGAAUUGUCUCACAUAUAAGAUCUCGCAACUUUUCCGUGACGCCCUUGGAGCCAUGUACAGCUUAGUGGUUUACGACAAGUUCGGUGUGAGAAAGUUGACUCUUGAGAAAGUCCGACGGUUUGGGGUUGUUGAGCGUCAGCUGAAUUACUAUCUGGAGAAGUAUCCAAUCGAAGAUGCUGACGACCUCGCGGUAAUGCGAAAUGACUUGCAAACCAUAGCCUAUUCUUAUGACCCGUGA